CUUCAUAUUAUUCCGUAAUUACAGACUUCAUAUUACGAUCAUUGCUCAAACACUGUGCAAUCUCUUCUGGCUCUCCUCCGUGAAAUUCUAGGAAUUUGUCAAAUCAAUCCAACCUCUAAGAACGAGAUCUGAAUUUAUACCCAUCCUCGGCCAAACACGUUCCUUAUAUAAUACUUCGACACCAUGAGUAACCCGAAGAAGGUCAUCCAAGACCUUACCGAGAAAUAUCAAAGUUUCCAGUCCGACCUCCAGUCCGCCGUGGAAGCGCGACAAAAGCUCGAGUCCCAGCAGCAGGAAAACCAGAGCGUGAAGAAGGAGUUCGAGCUGCUCUCCGGCACGGCCAACAUCUACAAGAUGAUCGGCCCGGUUCUGAUGAAGCAGGAGAAGUCCGAAGCGACCAUGAGCGUGAACGGGCGGCUAGAGUUCAUUGAGAAAGAGAUAAAGCGGGUUGAAGGGCAGAUAUCGGAGAUACAGAACAAGGCGGAGUCGGUGAAGUCGGAGAUCAUAAACCUACAAUCCCAGACGGCUUCAUGAGCCGAUUUCUCUUGAAGGCAUUCAACUUGCUCUUACGUGACCACUUUAGCAGCUAGAUCGGUGUUGAAAAGGGGAAUAUGGAUGUGAAAGGCGAUGUCACGCCGACGAGGCAUGGACCUGGCAGACGUUCGGAUUGGAUUGAGCCAUGUUGGGGAUACGACUCUACUCCAUACAGCGGUGCUACAUAUGCUUAACAUGGACCACGGCUGGCCAGCACGAGGCAGAUAUAGCGAAGGGCAGCGCGUCCUACUCCAUCCCACCGCAGCGGUCACUCAUCGUGCUCUGGACAGUCGUAGAAGCCGCUCCUGAGAACCAGCGAUGCGAAACGCGCAGAGGCAGAUAUACCAUAGCUCGUCCAAGCGAGAAGCCAAUUUCGAAUCUACACGGCAUCCCAUC